AUGCUGACUCUUGUGAAAAAACCUGUUGAACCUGAGCCAGUGAAAACAAUUGAAAGCUCGAUUGCCGAUCGGUUGCAUGAUGAUCAGUUCAAUUGGAUGAAACCGAUUGAAAGGAAUCUGUAUAAUGCUCCAAACAAGCCUGAUAACCUUUCAAAGGAACAACUGAACGAAUUGUAUUCAAAUGGAGGUGUUAUGAAAGUUUAUCCGUUCCGUGAAGAUGCUAAAGUCGACAUUCCAUUGCCUGUGAAAACAUUCAAGGAAGCUUUCGGGCAUAAUCAGUCGAUCAUGAACGAAAUCCAGAAGAACGGAUUCGAAAAACCAUCUCCAAUCCAGUCUCAAAUGUGGCCGAUUCUUCUCUCAGGACAAGAUUGUAUCGGAGUAUCUCAGACUGGAUCUGGAAAAACGCUCGCCUUCUUGCUUCCUGCAUUUCUUCAUAUUGAUGCUCAACUAGCACAAUACGAUAAAAACGAGAAGAAACCAUCACCAUCUGUCCUGGUUCUCAGUCCAACGCGUGAACUAGCUCAACAGAUUGAAGGGGAAGUGAAGAAAUACAGUUACAACGGUUACAAAAGUGUAUGCUUAUAUGGAGGUGGAUCAAGAUCAGAACAAGUGCAGUCAUGCAAAGGAGGAGUGGAAAUUGUUAUUGCAACUCCGGGUCGCUUGACAGAUCUGUCCAACGAUGGAGUAAUUUCUCUGGCCUCUGUGACAUACGUCGUUCUUGAUGAAGCCGAUCGCAUGUUGGAUAUGGGCUUCGAAGCUGCUAUUCGUCGUAUUUUGUUUGAGAUUCGUCCAGAUAGACUUGUCGCAUUGACCAGUGCCACGUGGCCAGAAGCAGUGAGGAAUCUCACUGAUCGGUAUACUAAGCAAGCAAUCAUGGCUGUUAAUGGAACCCUUGAUUUGGCGUCAUGCAAAAGUGUUACUCAGUAUUUCGAGUUCAUUCCACAGGAGAACCGAUUCGACCGUGUCUGUGAAAUUGUCAAUUUCUUAAAUCAACAAUUCGGUAAUUCAUACAAAAUGAUCAUUUUCGUCAAAUCGAAAGUGAUGGCGGAUCAUCUCUCAUCGGAUUUCUGCAUGAAAGGAAUCAAUUCGCAAGGACUCCAUGGUGGAAGGUCUCAAUCAGAUCGAGAACUUUCCUUGAAGAUGCUGAAAACUGGAGAAGUUCAGAUUCUCGUCGCCACCGAUCUCGCCAGCAGAGGAAUCGAUGUUCCUGAUAUCACACAUGUUCUCAACUAUGACUUCCCGAUGGAUAUCGAAGAGUACGUUCAUCGUGUCGGACGUACCGGACGAGCCGGGCGUAAAGGAGAGUCGAUGAGUUUCAUGUGGUGGAAUGAUCGCUCAAAUUUCGACGGACUCAUUUCGAUUCUCGAGAAAUCCGGUCAGGAAGUUCCUGAUAAAUUGAGACAGGAGGCAGCACGCUACCGCCGAAAGUGCGAAGAAGGACGUGAUGGACCUCGCCCGAACUUCCGAAACCGUAAUAAUAAGGAGUCAUCAUUCCAAUCUUCUUACUAG